AAAAAACGAAUAAUGGAUAUCAGAGAAAUUGAGGAUUCAAAUAAACUCAAUCAUGCAAUUAAAUAACAUAAAUCUACAGCAAGUCAAGCUUAUUUCAAUUUUAUUAAAUCAAAUUUAGGAAUAGGUAUAUAUAGUUUUAAUGAUUCUUUAAGGAGUCAUUGUACUUCCUUUUGUUACCUAUUAAGUAGGCUUACUAUGGUCAGUUGUUUUAUUCAUCCCUAUAGCUUUCAGUUGUUUAAAGUAAAUUGAUUUUCUUAAAAUUAUUAUAGAUCCAGCAAUUUUAUGAUUGAAAUCGCAGAUGAUAUGAAUAUUGACAAUAUUCUUUAUGCUGAUAUAAUAAGAUAAACUUUGGGAUAUCUUUGGGCAUAAGUUUUAGAUAUUGCCAUAAUAUUACAAUUGAUUGGAAUUUGCAUUGCAUAUUUGAUAUUUCUUACAGAAUCUUUGGCUUAGUCUUUACUUCAAAUAAAUAUUGAAAUGACUAAAUUAUAAUGUCUGUUGAUUACAUUAGUUAUAGUGAUUCCCUUAUCAUUUGUAAGAAAAAUUCAUUUUUUCCAUUCAACCAGUAAAUAUGGAUUUUAUUGUGCUUUGGCUUCUUUCUGCAUCAUAUUAUAUGAUUGCUAAGAUAGAAUCUCAAUAGGAAAUUUUCAUAUGUCUAAUUUAAUCAAUUUUAAAAGUAUUUAUUAAAAAUUAAUUAAUUAGACACAUUCAAUUAUGUUGGAGUAGCUAUCCUAUGUUGUGAAGGAAUUUUUACAGUUUUACCAAUUAGAGAUAGUAUGAAAAAUAAAUUUGAAUUUAAAUCUGUUGCUGCAUAGAGUUUGUUGACAGCAUUUGGGAUUUCAAUAUUUUUAUCAUUAAUUAGUUCAUCUACUUAUUAGGCAGAUACAUAGUCGAUUGUAUUAUUUAGUAUAGAAGUAUUUCUUCAACUUAUAAUUAGAACUCUAUUUUAGAAGUGUUAUCUUUGAUAUUAUACUCUAUUAGUUUGUUAUUAACCUUUCCACUUCAAAUUUUUCCUGCUGUUCAAAUUGUUGAAUAAAUGUUUUAAAAAAAUAUGGUAGAAAUAAUUAAUUUCAAUGAUAUAGAAGAAAAUUCAAAUGAAGAAUCUCCUAUCUCUAAAAAUGUUGAAUCUAGUAAGAUAGAAGAAAUUAUUGCACAGGAAAAAGAUGAUUAAGUUUUUGAAGAUAGAUUUCUAUAAAUGAUUAUUAGAAGUCUGUUAAUGAUCAUAAUUUAUUUUAUUGCCUAUUAAGUACCUCAUUUAUCACAUUUUUUGAAUUUAAUUGGAAGCAUUUUUGGAUCCUUAUUACAAGUACUCUUAUAAUUUAAUAAAUUAGUUUUGUUUUCCUGUACUAGUUCACAUUAUUUAUUUCAAAAACACUAAAACACCUAAGCCUUUUAUACAAUAUGCAAUAAUUUUAAUUGUUUCAAUACUAGCAAUAGUUUUAGGAACAGCAUAAUCCUUAAAGCAACUACUUUGAAAAAUG